UUUCGAAGAGGGUAUCAAGCGUGCGUCAGCAUGAAAGGAUGCACACAGGGGAAAAGCCGUUUACAUGUGACAUCUGCAAGAAAGGCUUUUCCCAAAAGAGCAGACUCGUUGGGCAUCUACGUUGUCAUACAGGAGAGAAGCCUCACAAGUGUCAGCUCUGCUCAAGGUCCUUCACGCGAAAAGAGACAAUGUUAAACCACAUGAAUACACACGGCAACAUCAAACCUCAUGCGUGCAGUAUCUGUGGCAAGACAUUCAACGCCACGACGGUGCUGUACCGGCACAAGGCUGUUCACAGUGGAGACACUCGUUGUGUGAUUUGUUCUCGGUCGUUCUCGAGCUUCAUUUGUCUGGUGGAACACAUGAUGCAACACACAGGCGAACAUCCUUACAAGUGCGGUGUCUGUUCGAAAACAUUUUGCAGAAAAGUCCACCUGAGAAGACAUCUCCACCGCCACGUGAAAAAUGCAUCAUAA